CCCUAACCACACUCGGCAAAAAAAUCUAGAAUUAGUUUCUGUAAUUUGCAGCUCUGAUUCAAUGGCGACGAACCCUAAGGUUUUCUUCGACAUGACGAUUGGCGGUCAGCCAGUCGGCAGGAUCGUCAUGGAGCUCUACGCUGACACCACCCCUAAGACUGCGGAGAACUUCCGUGCUCUCUGCACCGGCGAGAAGGGCAUAGGCCGCAUGGGCAAGCCCCUGCACUUCAAGGGCUCUUCCUUCCACCGUGUGAUCCCAGGAUUCAUGUGCCAGGGAGGAGACUUCACCGCCGGCAACGGAACCGGCGGCGAGUCGAUCUAUGGUGCGAAAUUCGCUGAUGAGAACUUCCAGAAGAAGCACGUGGGCCCGGGCAUACUCUCCAUGGCUAAUGCUGGUCCUAACACCAACGGAUCUCAGUUCUUCAUCUGUACCGCGAAGACUGAGUGGCUCGAUGGGAAGCAUGUGGUGUUUGGAAAGGUUGUUGAGGGGAUGGACGUAGUGAAGGCUGCUGAGAAGGUCGGAUCGGGAUCUGGAAAGGUCUCGAAGCCAGUUGUGAUCGCCGAUUCUGGUCAACUCUCUUAGAUCGCCAGUCUUGAUCGGUGACUAUGGAGACUACUUUUAUCUAUCUAGUACUUUUAAUAUGGAUAGUGUCGUCGUCUUUACAUGUAUGUGUCUUUUCUCGUCAUCGGUAGUGAUCUACGGGAGACUUUUACGUGUUUGAGUAAACUGCGAUAAAUAAGAUAGAACUUUGCUUAAUUUCUGUUU